CCUCGACCUACUGGGCUCCGGCGAUCCUUCCGCCUCAACCUUCCGAGUAGCCGGAAUUACAGGAAACUGGAAACCAUUCUCCAGGAAGAAUCUUGAUAGUUUGGAACUGGAAGUUUCCUUUGCACCAGGUACUAAAAUGAAAGAACCACUUUUAGAUGGUGAAUGUGACAAGGCAGUGGUACCACAGCUGGGGCUGCUAGAUGAAAUUAAGACAGAACCCGACAAUGCUCAAGAGUAUUGUCAAGCUCAACAGUCCAAAACUCAGGAACGUGAACUAAAAAUGAACACUGUGUGUUCAGACAGUGCUUCACAGUUGUCUGCGGGGAUUCAGCUUUCCCUAGCAUCAUCUGGCAUGAAUAAAAUGCUUCCUUCCGAUUCAACCACACCUAUUCAGGUUUCCUGUUCUGGUUGUAAAAAAAUUCUCCAGAAGGGGCAAACUGCUUUUCAGAGGAAAGGAUCUACUCAACUUUUCUGCUCCACACCAUGCAUCAGUGAAUACAUUUUAUCUACCAGUUCACCAGCUCCUACCAAGAAAACUUGUUCAAACUGCUCAAAAGAUAUUUUAAAUCCAAAGGAUGGAAUCCGUGUUCAGCUGGAAGAUACUACCUCUGGCAAAAAUUUUUGCAGCUCAACUUGUCUUUCAUCAUAUGAAGAAAAAAGAAAACCAUUUGUUGCCAUAUGUACUAAUAGCAUUUUGACCAAGUGCAGCAUGUGUCAGAAGACUGCUAUUAUUCAAUAUGAAAUAAGAUAGCAGAAUGUGAAACAUAACUUCUGCAGUAAUGCCUGCUUUUCAGAGUUUCACACUGCUAACAACCUCAUUAUGAACUGUUGUGAGAUCUGUGGAGUUUACUGUUAUACCAGCUCUAGUCUGUUCCACAUACUUUAGAUGGAAGCUCACUACUUUAGUAGUUAAAAGAAUAUUAUAGCAUAGAAGCAGAAACCAGCCAGAUCACUUGCAUCUGUUCCUUGCAAAUCAUUGAAGACCUCAGAUGAAAUAAUUGAGACUACCAAUGACUUGGGGAAGAUGGAGCUUUUCUGCUCUAUUAAUUGUUUUUCUGCAUAUAAUAAAGCUAAGAUGGAAUCUUCUACAGAUAUGACUCCAGUUAUAAGCAACAUAGUGUCAUUGGCAGACAGUCAUGUUGCCCUGCCCAUGGUGAACACCGAUGUCUUACAAGGUACAGUUUCUUCAGUAACAGCAAAUGUCAUUAUGAAUAUUUCUAAGAAUUCAGCCAGUGAAUCAAAUAGUAGUGUUAACAGUAGCAAUAUGGAAGAACCAAGUCUUUCGCCAUCUGCAUCAAUACUCAGUCAGGAUAUAGUUGGUUCCAGUAUAGAAGUACAAAAAGAUAAAGUAUCAAACCAAGAUUCUGCAUACAAUAUGACAUCUAUGAAAAUAAGUGAUGGACUGUGUCACCCAAAAUUUAUAUCCAAAAUACAAAAAGUUAAAGGUAAAUCACGAAAUAUCCAAAAAUCUUGGUGUGCAAAUUAUCAGUUUUUGGAAAACAGUAUUAAAAAAGAUGUGACAUUCUGUUAUUCAUGCCAGUUGUUCUGCCAGAAAAAUUUUAGCUAUAGAAAAGAAUCGUUUGCAACCCACGAAACUUGUAAUUGGGAAGAAACUCUGGAAAAAUUCAGGAAGCAUGAAAACAGUGAAAUGCAUUUGAAGUCAUUGCAAUUUUGGAGAGAAUACCAGUUUUGUGAUGGAGCUGUCAGUGAUAAUUUAUCUAUUAAUUCAAAACAGAUUGAGGGAAAUAAAAAGUACCUAAAGCUUAUAAUUGAAAAUAUUUUAUUUCUUGGAAAGCAAUGUUUACCUUUAAGAGGAAAUGACCAGUCUAUUUCAUCUGUGAAUAAAGGCAAUUUUUUAGAAUUGUUAGAAAUCAGAGCAAAAGAUAAAGGAGAAGAAAUAUUUCGACUUAUGAAUUCACAAGUUGACUUCUAUAAUAGUACACAAAUUCAAAGUGAUAUUAUUGAAAUAAUAAAGACUGAAAUGUUGCAGGAUAUUGUGAAUGAGAUCAAUGACUCUUCAGCUUUUUCAAUAAUAUGUGAUGAGAUAACUGAUACUGCCACAAAAGAACAGCUUUCAGUUUGUGUAAGAUACCCACAAAAAUUAUCAAAGGCUAUCUUAAUUAAAGAAAGAUUCUUGGGUUUUGUUGAUAUUGAAGAGAUGACUGGGCCCCACUUACAUAGGACUAUCAAAACUUAUCUCCAGCAAAUUGGAGUUGAUUUGAAUAAAAUACGUGGCCAGGCCUAUGAUAGUACCACUGAUUUGAGGAUAAAAUUUAAUAAAAUUGCAGCAGAAUUCAAGAAGGAAGAACCACGAGCUUUAUACAUACAUUGUUAUGCACACUUCUUGGAUUUAGCAGUAAUUAGGUUUUGUAAAGAAGUAAAAGAACUUCGAAGUACUCUAAACACUCUCAGUUCUUUGUUCAACACUAUUCAUAUGUCUGGGGAAAUGUUGGCCAAUUUUCAAAACAUUUGUAAGAUAAGUCAAAACAAAACAUGCAAAAAACAUACAUCACAAUCAUGUUGGACAGUCCAUGAUCAUAUGUUACUGUCUGUGAUUGAUGGUCUUCCAGAGAUUAUUGAAACAUUGCAAGUUUUAUCAAGCCAUUCUACAAACACAAGUUUGGCUGAUAAACUGAGUGAUUUGCUGACAUUGGUUUCUAAAUUUGAAUUUGUCUUUUGUUUGAAACUUCUUUAUCGAGUGCUAAGUGUUACAGAAAUUCUUUCCAAAGAGCUUCAAAAUAAUACCAUAGACAUUUUUUCUUUGUCUUCAAAAAUAGAAGCAAUUUUGGAAUGUUUAUCAUCUGAAAGGAGUGAUGUAUAUUUCAAAACUAUCUGGGAUGGAGCAGAGAAAAUAUGUCAAAAAAUAACCUGUAAAGGUUUUGAAGUUGAAAAGCCUUCUCUUCAGAAAAGAAGAAAAACUCAGAAAACAACAGAUCUCGGGAAUUCAGAUAAUAUUUUUUUUCCUACUUCAACAGAAGAACAAUAUAAAAUUAAUAUUUAUUACCAAGGGUUGGAUACUGUAUUACAAAAUUUAAAAUUAUGCUUUUCAGAGUUUGAUUAUUGUAAAAUAAAGCAAAUUUCAGAACUGUUAUUUAAAUGGAAUGAACCAUUAAAUGAAACAAUAGCCAGACAUGUUCAGGAAUUUUAUAAACUUGAUGGGGACAUUAUCCCAGAACUUAGAUUUUAUCGGCAUUAUGCAAAACUUAACUUUGUCAUAGAUAAUGAUUGCAUCAACUUCAUCAGUCUUGGCUAUUUGUUUAUUCAGCAUGGUCUUCACAAUAAUAUUCCUUGCAUCUCAGAGCUAUUAUAUAUUGCUUUGUCUUGGCCAGUUACUUCAAGUGCUGAGAACUCAUAUUCUACACUGCCUCAACUUAAAACAUUUUUAUGUCAUUCAUUGGGACAAGAGAAGCUUAGUGGCCUGGCCCUAAUGGCUGUUGAGCAGGAAUUGGUAAAUAAACUAAUGGAGCCUGAAAGACUCAGUGGAAUUAUGGAAAAGUUUAUCAGUCAGAUGAAAUAAAUCUAAUACUUGCUAAUUUGAAUUUACCUUAAAAAAUCUUGUAUUUCUGUUGCUAGUUUUUAUUUCAAACUUAUGGUUCAAAAUUCAAAAGACAUAGAAUGAUACACAGUGAAAACUCUUCUUUCCUUCUUGAGAAUUCAGUUCCUCCUCCCUGGAGUGUCAUCUUUUCUUAAAUAUCUUUCU